AUGGUGUUCAAGGCCCUCAAGAAGAACAGGGUUCGGAGUCAAUAUGAGUGCCUUUCUUCAAAGACACCAGCUCAAAGUUACAACAUAGCUGAUUUUUAUGUUAAUGAUAAUACACAGAAUUCUGUGUAUCACAAUGAACAUUCAAGCAAUUACGAGAAGGUGGAAGAGAGCUCACAUCACCGGCGACACAAGUCGGUCGGAGAUUUUUACAGCAAUGGUGGAGGAAUUCAUGGUGGUGGUGGUGGUGGUGACGGCAACGGCGGCUCUCCUCGCGUGGCAAAGCAACUUGUGAGUUUGUAA